CUGAUGAAGGGUCUCGCCCCGAAACGUCGACAGUGCUUCUCCUUAUAAAUGCUGCCUGGCCUGCUGCGUUCCACCAGCAUUUUGUGUGUGUUGUUUGAAUUUCCAGCAUCUGCAGAUUUCCUCGUAUUGGCUCAGGGUGUCUGACACUCCGAGGGAGGAGUUGUAAAAUUUGAUGGCCACAGAAAAAGAAAUAAACGGUAGCAAGAAUGUCGAAGAAGAAGAUGGGACAAGGCGAAGUUAAGAGCAAGCCUGUGGGGAUGGAACAGGAUGUCCUGGCUACAGCCACUAACCGAAUUGUCAUCCUGCAGAAUGAGUAUGAUGAAAUUGUCAAAGAGCUUAAGCAAUUGAAGUUGAAGACUUAUGAACUACGGAAAGAGAAUGACUUCCUGGAGAAGGAGGCACAGCAGACUCGUCUGGAGACGCAAGAAUACAUCCAACAGAUGGCAAAGAGGUCGGACAAAACACAGAAUCAAAUUAUCAGCUUGAGUGACGAAAACCAGAGGAAACUAGAAGAAAUCAAGAAAGCAAAGGAGAAAAUAUUGGCCGACUUUGAGUCUCAGAAACAAGAACUGAAAAAUAUUCAGAUUGAGAAAGAGACUGAGCUGGUUCAGAUUAAUAAGGAGAUCGAGAGCCUGAGUGAAUAUAAAGAACUGCGGGAGAUACAACUAGCCAGGAUCCAAGAGCUGGACAAGCAGGUGAUGGAAGCUCGGGCCUUGCACUCUCAGAAGUUGCACAACCUCAAGGUCAGGUUCAACAAAGAGAAGGCUGAGUACAAACAAAAUGCCAAAAAGAUGGUGAAGCAGUUGGAGAGAGAAGCCAACAAGGAGGCGGUCUGCUGCCUGAUCCAGCAUAUUGAAGCAAUCAAGACUGAGAACCAGGAGAUGCGGGAUGAGCUAGUUUGCCUGAUUCGUCGCUCCCGUGUCCUCCGCCAGCAGCAGCUGGAGUUAGAGGAACAGCAGGGCCAGUUGCUCCGGGAGAGGGAAUACUGCACCAAGCUGAGGGCACUGAGGCACAGGAAGCAUCUCAGUGAGUACCCUCAGCUCCAGACCAAGGAGGCAGACCAGAUCCAAGGAGAAGUCAAAGACUCAGGAACAGCCAGAGACUUGGCUGCGGCCAGUGUUGGGGGAGGCAACAGGGUCAGAGGGAGUGAGUAAUGGAAUGAAGAUCGAGGUGGAAGUCAAGUAGCUGGAGGAUUUGGAAGAAGUUGAACCAGCACAGUGUCAGAUGAGCCUUCCCCACCUUGGCCAGACAAAAAUGCGAAACCUUCCUCGUUCCAGGGAUUGUCUGAUCAUGUAGCAUUUUCUAUAUCACAUACGUCUUCAACUUUUGAUUCUUUUGCAAAAUUUGUAUUUUCUUUCUCUUUGUCGAUGAAUAUUAAAGUACUUUGGGUACAA